CACGCCUCCAAAGAGGAUGACUUUUUCCUCUCAAGCAAACUUGGGAAGUUAACCGUGCUGGAAAGACCCGCCUGAAACACCCACACGCCUCGUGUUGAUUCGCUCUUCCUCUUAUCAAUCACCUAUAUCCCAAGUGACGAAAUCGACAGCGCCACACCGGAGCUGAGGAGUGGGUGAUGAGGAGCGUUCAGCACCACCAGGAAAAGGAAAAAAAAAAAAAAUACCAGGAGCGAUAAAAUGCACGGAGGACAAGGGUCAGUUUGACUGCCAGUAAGACGUUUUGGCACUUUGGGGAGGGGGGUUGGUGUUUGCGAGUUUAUUUUGGGGAACGCUAGGUUAAUGCAGUCAGGAUUCUCUGUCAGUAGGAGUUGGCUGUUUUUUGGGCUGCAAUUCCAGGGAAGGCUCUCUGAGCUAACCUAGCUAGCUAACAAUUAGCCUUCCCAUUUAGCCCCCUAUCCUGGUUACUUGGUGCCUCCGCCUGCGAGACAUACCUGCUCUGAGCGCGCACUUUCUCUGAUCGGCACAGGUGCAUGCGGUUCUUGGAGGACUCGAGGCAGUAAACCAACCUUUCUGGAUGGACAGACUGGGGCUCGUUGUCACUGCGCGGGCGUAACUUGGAGCGCUGAUUUCGGGGCGGCUAGGCUUGCACUCGGCCGGGCAGCCAGCAGAGGGGAUUGGACAAAUGUGGUGGCCGCUCCAGGCAGUUGUCCCGCUGUGUGUGGGACCGAAGUUAGUAGUUUAGUAUAAGAAAAAUAUAUAUGUCUAUAUAUUUUUAAAUUGACUAGGCUAAGCAAGAAAACAAAGUGCGCUGAAGAUAAAUUCAACCUGUUAGCUUGGUUAUAACGUUAGCAGCGUUUAGCUUUCAGGCUAGUUAACAAACUAAUACCGGUCCAUGAAAUGAAAAUGCUUAUUCGCACCGUCGGUAGUUCCUCGGGAUAUUUGCAGACAUGUUUCGUUUCUUUUUUUUAUGAUGAGCUCACAGUCACUGUACCCUGAGGUUUUACUGGAGACUUUGACUAACGUUAAGCUGUCAAAUAUUUAACACUUGACAGCAGCUUUGCCAUCAACAAGGGAGGCCAGAGUCUGCACCAAGCAACGAGACUAUCGAGCUCCAUUAUCAGUGUCUGGAUAUAACCUGUUGGGCUCGAACUGUUGUGCACACAGGAGGCUUUUUUUCUUCUUCUUCUUCUUUUUAUCUGGUACUUUGUGUGAGGUGUAAGCCCGACACCUCUCCUCAAACGGGCUCCCCCCCCCUCCCCCCCGUUCAUGCGGUGAUGACUUUAGACUCCAUGAUGGCUUGUUGCCUGAGUGAGGAGGCGAAGGAGUCCAAACGAAUCAACGCUGAGAUCGAGAAGCAACUUCGACGAGACAAGAGAGAUGCGAGAAGGGAGCUGAAGCUGCUCCUGCUGGGUACUGGAGAAAGUGGAAAGAGCACUUUCAUCAAGCAGAUGAGAAUAAUCCAUGGCUCAGGCUAUACAGAUGAAGACAAGAAGGGCUUCACCAAACUGGUCUACCAGAACAUCUUCACCUCGAUGCAGGCCAUGAUCCGUGCAACUGAGAACCUUAAGAUCCCCUUCAAGUAUGACCAGAACAAGAACAAUGCCCUGCAGGUGCGUGAGGUGGACGUAGAGAAGGUUGCAUCGUUCGAUCAGCCGUACAUUAGCGCGAUAAAGAUGCUGUGGGCUGACCCUGGCAUCCAGGAAGCGUAUGAUCGCAGGAGAGAGUACCAGCUCUCUGACUCGACCAAGUAUUACCUUAACGAUUUAGAACGAAUAUCAACACCAGGGUACGUACCCACUCAGCAAGAUGUGCUGCGGGUCCGAGUGCCCACCACCGGCAUCAUUGAGUACCCAUUUGACCUGGAGAAUAUUAUAUUCAGGAUGGUGGAUGUUGGGGGUCAGAGGUCAGAGAGGAGGAAGUGGAUCCACUGCUUUGAGAACGUCACCUCCAUCAUGUUUUUGGUGGCUCUCAGCGAAUACGACCAGGUCCUGGUGGAGUCGGACAACGAGAACCGCAUGGAGGAGAGUAAAGCCCUGUUCAGGACCAUCAUCACAUAUCCCUGGUUCCAGAACUCCUCUGUGAUCCUGUUCCUUAACAAGAAGGACCUGCUGGAAGAGAAAAUCAUGUAUUCUCACCUGGUUGAUUACUUCCCAGAGUUUGAUGGUCCUCAGCGGGACGCGCAGGCAGGUCGGGAGUUCAUCUUGAAGAUGUUUGUGGACUUGAACCCAGAUAGUGACAAGAUAAUCUACUCCCAUUUCACGUGUGCCACCGACACGGAGAACAUCCGUUUCGUCUUUGCGGCCGUCAAAGACACCAUCCUGCAACUCAACCUCAAAGAAUACAACCUGGUGUGAAGGAGAAUUGGAAAGACAGAUGGUUAGAGUGCAAGCAAGACACCCACAGCCCCACACUCAAUGCAGUGUCCACAUCUGCAUGAAAUGUACUCGUAAAGAGAUGAGCAUUGCUUUGUGCUUUUACCAGACCAACACUAUCCAUAUUCUGCCCUUUUUCUUCACUCAGACCCUUGGUUGCUCUUUUGCUCAGUUUUAAGGACUGUUUUUUUUUUUUUGGUUUUAUUAACUGCUUCUCUUGCACAAUCACACAUGAAACACAUUCAGAUAUAACACUCCCUCCAUUUGUCACUCUUGGGAGGUUGUUCUCUACUCCUGUGCUCCUCUUUCGGCCCUUGCCGUGGCUCACGUUUUUUCUCUACACUACAGUCUCGUGUGUCAGAGGUGGGUAGAGGGCCAUCUCCCGGUAGACUAAGCUUUUAUGGACAAAGGGCUCUCUCCCAUAGUUAUUUAACCCAUGCAUGCUAUACACUACAGCCUGAGGGCUUGAGGCCAGGUGGCACACACUGGACCCUGCUCAUCUGCAGAGGGUAACAAAUUAAUCAGACAGUGCUGGGGUGCAGAGAGGUACUUGGUUCUCCUGGGUCUUGAAUUGUCCAUGAUGUGUUCUUUUAACUCUUUCUGGGGGGUUACGUGCCCUAAAUGAGAGCAUAGAAGCUCUGUUGAAUGUAAAUAAAGUUUUCAUGCUGCUCACACAGAGUGAGGGCUACACAGAGAUGACUACAUGUUCUCUUUUGACUUUCAAUAUUUUCAUCUAUAUUAACGUCAUUACUUCUUCUGUUGUUCGCUAAUUAAACUGAUCGACGACGACUACUCAAAGGAAACCUUUCAGGAGUGGUCAGGUUCUGUUUAUUAUUCAGUGCCCCUGAUUUUAUACUGAGACAACACUACCAGUAUUUUACAUACUGUACACCAGCUCCCCUGUAAUUCUCUAUCACUUUGCCAAAUUAAAACGGCCCACAUUUUUCUGUAAAUACAGUAACAUUGCCAGUAUCGUUUUGAUCCCCUAACUAGUUUAGAUACUAAAACACAUUUGGGAGCUGGUUUUUGCCAAAAACUAAGUGAAAGUUUUCUCCCGAGUUGGAUCGUUCCAGAUGUUUAACAGCGUAACACCUCACUUUGUGUGGCAUUUCUUUAUGUUGUCUCAAUCACACGUGUAACAGUACUGUGAUUUUUAUUUGUGUGAGGAUAACUUUCUUGUGCACAAUGUGUGAAUGAUGGCGUCAGAUUAAACUAGUGCAGCAGUCAUGUUUUGGAUGAAAUAAAGCUUUUGCGCUGCCAGUUUGCUUCAGUCACAACUUUGGUUAUGAUCAUGCAAAUGGCUUUUUCCUCUCCUGUAAUCGCCUUCAUUUUUGCCAUAUUAAUCAGCCAACAUUUGAUAAAACUGUCACAAUCAUAAAGAGUAAAGAGCUUUUUUUUUUUUUUUUUUUUUUUUUUUUUUUUUUGUAUGUCUAAUUUAUCAAUUGGAUCUGUUUGUUAUUGAUAUAGUAAAUGAGACUUUGUCCCUAGUUUCAGCUCAAGUUUUGUUUUCAACAUCAAAGUUGGGAGUAGAUUUUAUACUGCUGUAAAAUAUCAAACUAUUUUAUGGACAAGUGUUCUGUUUCUAAUGAUACUUCAUAUAUUUAGUUGUUGCAGUUCUGUUUUUGAAGUGCUUGACAUAGGAAAAAGGAAAAAAAAAAGGUUUCUGUGUCAGGUUUGUGCUUUAUGCAAAUAGGAAAAUGAAAAACAGACAAAAAAUUACUUGGUGGUUAAAUAUUUACUGUUCAGAGAUGCUUGUACUUUUUGUAAUCUUUAAGGAUAUGCGUUUGCUCUUGGUACUGAUCCCAUAUUGUGCGUCUUGCCCGAUAGUAGUUUAAAUAUUCCAUUAAGCCCAGAGUUGAUAUGUGGCUUUUUUGUUUUUGUCUUCACUAUGUAAUUCAGGUAAUUUUUCAUAACUUUCUCAUCACAAGGGCUACUCUUAGCAGCUUUGGUAGAAAUGAAAGGAAUCUGAAUGGUGUAGAGCAAAAGGUGCAAUUAAUUAGCCUCGGGAGGGUGCCUGAAACAGGAGUGUGUUGACAUCCUUUUGAGAGCAGCAGUCCACAGAAGCCUACGUCACAGUCCUGAUAGACGGCUGGUGGCCGUUUAGGUGUCCCCCCCCCCUCCUCCCCUGUGUUUUUGUUUUGUUUGUUUUUUUUGUUUUGUUUUGUUUUGUUUGGUUGGUUUUGGUUGGGGUUUUUUUUUUUUUUACCUCCAAGAGAAAAACUAAAGGAAGUUGGGUCUCUUAAGUUGCAAUAGGAUGUUUUUAGUGUCUUUUCUAUUCGACCUUAUCACCCAGGUGAUUCCAUUAUGAAUUAUGUGCUGAAAUCAGUGAUGCAAAGUUUUCCUCUGUGCUUUUACAUAUUUGCCUCUUCAUUGGUAGUGUUUUCAUGCUUGACUUUGACACUGGCUGCAUGGGUACGGGGGGGAGGGGAGAGAGAAUGCUGGGAUAUUUUGACCUUAAGUGCACAUUGAAAGAGGCGGCAGGGUGAGAUUAAACUUACCCUGCUGGACUGUAAUCUUUGCUUUGUUUUAGAUGGUAAAUGGUUAGUCUUUGGUGCUUCAAGAAACAUGUCAAAGCCUUUAUUUUUGACCCGUUUGCCCAUGUGAUGCUGACUGACUGAAGCUGGCCUUUUGGAUGCCACAGAAAGGCAUGUUCAGGAAACGCUGUUCCCUUGAGCCGUGGCUUGCAACCUUGAGAAAAUACUGUCCUGCAGACGGUAAAAACACAAAACAAAGGUUGCGUUCAGCCACUGGUGUCAGCAUGGUGGCGUCGGUGGUGUCAGUUUCCACUUGCUGACGACGUGGAUUUUUACGCUUGCACAUAGUCUCAUGGUUACACUACCAAUGACCAGAGUCGUCAGAAAAGCCAGUUCGGUUAUUUUUAAAAAUCCUUUUCUUUUAUAUCUACUUUGCUUUAUUCUACACACAAUGCAUUUUAACAAAGACUCAUAAUGACAGUCCAGUACAAAACGGUGUGCCAAGCAAAUUCUGUGUUAAGCAAAGGCUUCAAAAACCUGUUUAUAACUUGACCCAGGCCUGUGCAGUGAAAGUUAUUGCAGCAUUUAAUUGAGUCUUACUUGUGGUUUUAGUUUGCAAAUGAAGCUGGCAUGUUGAGCCUCAUUUCUUUCUUUUUUUUUUUUUUAAAAAAUUGUAUUUAUUGAAAACUUGCCAAAUGAAGGUACUGAAAUGGCCAUUGUGUUUUUGGUGGUUGAAUAUGCUGCGUGUUUACAUCUGCCAUUCUGCGCUCUCUCUUAUCUCCUUUAUUUGAUUGGACUGUCUGUUGUUUCCCUGGGUCAAAGGCACUGAAAAUACACCGCUGCAAUGGGCCUGCGUUCAUGCAACUUGUCCAUUCAAGCACGCUCGUUGGUACUCUGAGAGGUGUGUGUGUGUGUGUGUGUGUGUGUGUGUGUGUGUGUGUGUACUAUAUACACACUUUGAUGGGUGUUGCUUAUGCUUGAGGUCCAUUCUGGUUUCAGGGAUGGAUAUAGUGAUAUUAAAAAGCUAUCUUUGCAUCUUUUUUUUUUUUUCUCCCCUUUUGUAAGGUUGACACACCGUAUUUAGGACCACUUGACAUGAUUUUUCUUUUCAGACAAUUCAAAUUUUGUGUAGUGGUGUACAAAUUGAAAGUAAUGUAUUUUUUUUGUUUGUUUUGUUUUAAAGUAUACCAAAUGUAAAUUCUGUACAAUGAGUGUGCCAAUCCCCUUUUCUUUGUAAAGCCAGACUCUUAACAAGUGCCAAUGUUGUGGAAAAAAAUCAGAGGACCUGUGGAUUUCAUGGUCCAGUUUUUAAAGCAAACACUAAGUGUGUGAUUAAUUAGCAAAAAGGACAGUUUUAUUCUAUAUUUAAGAUUAAUGAUGAACUGCUGUUUUUAAAAAUAAGUGUCAUUUUAAUUGCAUGCGUUUUGUCAGGUUGGGGGAGGGAGUGGGGGGUGAGAUACUCUAUUCAUGCAACGCCCUCGAGAAAAGGGUCCUAAUGGUUAUUGAUUUACAGUAUUUUAGCCAUAUUUCUCUAUUUGUAUGUUUCAUUUCAACCACUGUUGCCUGAACCUCAUUCAUACAUGAUGAUUUUUACAUAGCCUUCUCCUUUAAAUGUUUUAAAUUGGAAUAAAAUGUUCCUAUACUCUC